AUGUUUUCCGAAUACGCUUCCAGAUUCCUCGCCCAGUCCCAGUCUCGCAUCUCCAACUUUGGCCAACCCGACCACGACAACGCCAACGCCAACAACUACAACACAUCCGACUGGCCUUCAUCACUGCCCGGACGAUAUCGUGAUACCGCCGCCGGCCGCGGUGCCCCAGGCACACGAUCCUUUCUCUCCCGCGGCUACGGUGGCAAUCCGUACCAGCAAAACGGCACCGGCUCCCGCUUCGGCAACCUCGCCUUUGCCUCACGCAUCUCAGCCGCCCAGGACGCACCGCUCUUCCAUGGCACGCUUGAGGAAUUCCGCGAGGAUGACGACGAGGAGGAGCGCGAUCGCGAGGCCGCCGACCUUUUUGCUCUGCAGCGCUCGCGCCGAGUGGCCGCUGCCAGCAAACUCGCCGAGAGCACAGAGUCUGACUACAACAGCAGGGGUUCUCUCAACGAGAGCGCCGAGCAGGACGCUGACGAUGACGAUCCGUACCGUGGCCGUGCCGUGGGCGGCCGCGGAAGAGGCAUCAAGAGCAGCUGGAACGGUACGAGGAGCGGCUUUCACCGCAAUGCAGCACACGACACACUUCACGAGGAGGCUGAAGAGGUCUCUUCGGUGACUGCCGGUGCAACGACGUCUAAGAAUGGUGGCAACAAGGCAGCCAUGGUGGAUGUAGGCCUGGACUCUCAGGGAGAAGAGGACGAUGAACCGCCCGAGUCACUCAUCGGCGAGACUCACAUCGACUCGAGUCCGCCACCUUUUCAGCGUUUCAAGCAGCAGUCUGCCGAACAAACGCCCUUUUUACGACAGUCAUCCCCAGAUCGCUCAGAACUCAGUAGCCUACAGAGAGAAGACCCCGCUCAAGGGGAGCCCAUGGAAGGCGGCCCCAUGUACUUUGAGGGCGAGAUAUUUCGACACGAUCCCUUUUUUGCCUGGAUAUUUCUCAUUAGCUUUGCCGCUAUGCUUUCGACAUUUGUGCUGGUGUGGCUGCACACGUCACCGCGAAAAGGACCUGUGGGCGAUACCAUCUAUACAGCCCUCCAGCGAUCGUUCCACAUGCUCGCCGUGGACACGGUCGUUGCUAUUUUCGUAUCAUUCAUCUGGCUGGCGGCCCUAAGGUCAUUUGCUCGACCGCUAGUUAGCGCAAUCCUCGUGGCUGUGCCAGUCAUUCUGUUUUCGUUUUCAUUAUACGCCUUCAUAUCAUCCUUCAAAGGCAGAACGCACGGUUCAAGCGUGCAGGAUACCGUGAUGCGCUGGGCCGCCCUCAUUCCAGGCGCCGCGUGCAUUCUCUGGCUGUGGAUAGUUGGCAAGAGCCGCAAGGCAAUUCAGCAAGCCAUUGAGAUUCUGCAGUUUUCCUCGCGCAUCCUCGCGCAGAAUCCGGCGCUCCUCAUCAUGGGCUUUGCCUGUCUCGCGCUCAUCGUCGUCUGGACAUGGGCCUGGCUCGUCAUGUUUACGCGCGUCUUUAUGGGCGGCUACUUUUCCAAAUCGCUCUUCCGCUUUGUCAUUGAGCUCUCGAGCUGGUGGCUCGGCGCCGCCUUUGUUCUCAUGUACAUGUGGACCAUGUCCGUUAUGAACGGCGUGCACCGCGCCACCACGGCUGCCACCGUCUCGCAAUGGUACUUUCACCGCAACGCCGGCCCGGCCGCGCCGUCCAAGGACAUUGUGCUGGCGGCGCUCGGCCACGCCGGGACGACCAUUUUUGGCAGCAUUUGCCAGUCUACCCUCCUGUCGCUGCUUGUGCGCGCGCCGCUGCUGUUUCUGCCGCGCCGUCUCGGCGCGGCCAUUAGCAACAUUGCCUCAUUUUGGAUCCCGACCCCGGUGGUGGCACUCACCAACCCGCUGACGGUCACCUAUGCCGCGAUUCACUCGCAGAGCCUUGCGACGUCGGCGCGGGGUCUGGACCAAAUGGAAUUCGUGACACCGGCCAUGCCCACCACGACACUAACCCCGCGCGCGCUGCGGAUGCGCGGCCAGCAAAACGGGCUCCUGCCUUAUCGCCUCGCCAAGCUGCUGCUCGUGGCGACGCGGCUGCUGAUGGCGACGGCGCUGGGGUUUGCGGGCUGGGUGGUUACGGCCAAGCAGCUGCGGCUGACGCUGCCGGACGGCAUGGGGGUGCGCGGCUCUGCCUACGCGUACGUCGUCGGCCUCAUGGCCAGUUUUAUCGGCUACUCGGUCAUGGGCGCCAUGGAGGGCGUGCUCAGCGGCAUCGUCGACGCGGUGCUCAUUUGCUACGGCAGCGAGCGCCGCAUGGAAAUGGGUCACGGCCGCUUCUGCCUCGAGGCGGCAUACCUGUUUGGCGAGAGGCGUCCGGGCGGCCCUGGCGACGACCGGGUGUAA